AUGGAGCCUCAGGGUGAGAAGUCAGGAGAGGCCGAAGGGGUGCGCAUCACCUCCCAGAUGCUCAAGUCUUGCUCAGGCGAGUUUGCCCUGGAGUCUAUCAUGCUGCUGAAGCUACGGGGCUUGGGGCUGGUGGACCUCGGCUGCCUGGGCGAGUGCCUGGCUCUUGAGUGGCUGGACCUUUCUGGCAACGCGCUCACCCACCUGGGCCCCCUGGCCUCCUUGCGCCAGCUGGCAGUCCUCAAUGUUGCCAACAAUCGGCUGACAGGCCUGGAGCCACUGGCCGCCUGCGAGAACCUGCAGAGUCUCAAUGUUGCAGGCAACCUGCUGGCCACCCCGAGCCAGCUGCAGUGUCUGGCGGGGCUCCGGGGCCUGGAGUACCUGCGGCUCCGGGACCCUUUGGCCCGGCUCAGCAACCCUCUCUGUGCCAGUCCCUCCUACUGGGCGGUGGUCCGAGAGCUGCUGCCAGGCCUGAAGGUCAUAGAUAGUGAGCGUGUGAGCGGGCGGGGCAGUGAGUUUUACCAGCUGUGUCGGGACCUGGACUGCUCCUUGCAGCCCAGCUCCAGCCCAGGCCCCUGCAUCACGGAGGCCCAGCCCUGGGUGGAGCCAGGGUACUGGGAGUCCUGGCCACCCCGGAGCAGUUCCAUCCUGGAGGAGGCCUGCCGGCAGUUCCAGGACACUGUGCAGGAGUGCAGAGACCUGGACCGCCAGGCCGGUGACUGCCUGGCCCGGGCUGAGCAGGUACUCAGUCCUGCGGGUACCGCCUCAUCCUUUGUCUUCUAA